AGCUUGGCUCAAAGGGAGGGCAACGAAGAGCGCCGGCGCCGGCACGGAUUCUCACCGCAGACGAUGCAUCCCGAUGGCGCAGUGGUCGAGCUCUCAAUCACGCUGCUGGACAAGUGCAAAAGCAAGACCAGGACAGGCAAGAGCUCCUUACACGAAUCGGUUUGGAAGCUUGGGCGGGAUGUGGGCAUGUACGAGCUGACGACCAGUACACUCUCCAACUGUGGAUAUAUCUUCGCCUUCGGCGGGAAGCGCUGGAAGAGCAAUGAGCAUCCCAAUCUCACCUUGGCCCAAGCAGGAGUCACGAAGAGCGGAGACCUCGUGGAGUACUCCGGCGACUUCGAUCCCAUCGCACCGCCCGUGCCGGGCGCCGUGCCGAGCGCCGGCCCGGGCGCGCCGGGAUCCAUCGAAGUGAAAGUGACACUGCAGGAUAUCACCAAGAGCGUCACUCGGAUCCAGAGGACUUCUCCCGAGAAGUGCGUUUGGAGCUUCGGCGAGGAGGUUGGAAUGACCGGCCUCAAGACCUCAGCACUGUCCCAUGGUCAGUACGCCUUCCGCUUCAAAGGACAGCAGUGGUGCAGUGUGAAGCAUCCCACCGUGACCCUCGCCCAGCUCGGCGUGGCCCACGGCGACGCCGUCGAGUUCCUCGCCGACCUCGAAGCGGCGGCGCCAAGCCGCGGUGGUACGGGUGGGGCGAGCCGCGUGGAACUGCAGGUGACGCUGGCGGAUAAGUUUAAGAGUUGGACCGAGACACGUCAAGCCUCCUUGGAUCAAUGUGUUUGGCGCUUCGGAGAGGAUGCCGGCAUGAGAAAGCUGACCACAGGGCCACUGUCCAACUAUGGUUUCGUCUUCCAUCAUGGAGGCAAAGAAUGGAGAAGUAACCAACAUCCAAAGCUCACCCUGGCUGAAGCAGGAGUCGUUGGUGGAGAGGCGGUCGAAUUCGGUGGCGACUUUGAGCCAGUUGCCGCAUUCGUCGCACCCAGCCCUUUGGUCGAGCUCCAUGUAACACUUUUGGACCGGAGCAAGAGUUCAACGGCCAUCGGCAAGACUUGCUUGGAGAAGUGUGUUUGGAGAUUUGGCAUGGAGGUCGGCAUGCAGAAACUCACGACCUCAACACUUUCGAACAAUGGAUAUCUCUUCCGCUUCGGUGGGAAACAAUGGAGAAGCAAUCAGGACCCCAAUCUGACACUGGCUGAAGCUGGAGUCUGUAAAGAGGGCGAAAUGGUGGAAUUCUUGGGAGACUUUGAGCCCGUCGCAAAACCCUGAGCCACCAAACUCCUACUAGCCAAAAAUUCAUGAGAUGUCAGGCAGAGGCCGACCCCCUGGGGGGGCUCUCAUCGAAAGUCCUGUUUUCCUCAUUCGAUGCCCAAUUCAUCCUGCGUGGCGCGCGCUGACCAGCUACGUGGCACGGGGAAGAAAGAACCAUUUCCAUCCAUUUCCGCCCCACCAAGCGGUGCAAAGCCGUGAAAGUCUGCACGGAUUGCGCCAACAGCAUGGGGCUGGCUGUACAGUGUGCACAGCUCUGAAAGCCUUGAGCUGUGGAGCGUGAAAGAGAACGCGAACCAAAACGCGGUCCGCAUUUUUUUUUGGUUCUGAAUGCACAGCAACACCCCACAAGCACCAUCAAGC